GUGCAGGGCGGACCGCUCUCAGCCUCCUCACCUCCGCUCCCUCCGCUCCCUCAGCUCUCUCUCCUCACUGAGUCUCACAUGCGAACUGCCCCGACACCGUCAACAUGCUGGCCGCUAGUAAACGCUACGCUGUGAUAGCGUGCGCUGUGCUGCUGUGUUUAGUGCCGUCGGGCUACACGGCGAAAAAGCCAGUGAGGUGUCCUUCAUCCUGCAGCUGCUCCAAGGAGUCCAUCAUCUGCGUCGGAUCUGCCUACGUGCCGCGGAGCACGCCGGGCGAAGUCAGCUCUCUGAGCAUCGUGAAUGGGACCUUCUCUGAGGUCAGGGAGGCCGUAUUCUCACACAUGCCAUCUCUCCAGCUCCUAUUACUUAAUUCAAAUGCUCUUACCACAAUUAAGGAUGAUGCAUUCUCAGGCUUACCACACCUUGAAUAUUUGUUUAUUGAAAAUAAUAAGCUUGAGACCACAUCAAAAUAUUCCUUUAGAGGACUCAAGGAUCUGACUCAUCUGUCUUUGGCAAACAACAAGAUCAAAGCCUUGCCAAGAGAUCUCUUCAGUGAUCUGGACUCGCUAAUCGAGCUAGACCUGAGGGGCAAUGCAUUUGAGUGUGACUGCCGUGCUAAAUGGCUGAUGAUGUGGGUGAAGAACACCAAUGCCUCAGUGUCAGAUAUCAUGUGUGCUGGCCCAGAGGAGAUGAAGGGCAAGAGGCUCAAUGACAUGACAAGCCUCCAUGAUGAGUGCAUCUCCACAGAUUUUAUUCCACUUCAGUCUGUGAUGACUGAGUCUCUUUCUGUGGACACAUUCUCCCACAAGAACGAUGUGUAUGUAACAAUCGCUGCUCCUAAUAUAGAGAGCUGCAUGGUGCUUCAGUGGGACCACAUCGAAAUGAACUUCAGGAGUUAUGACAACAUUACAGGUCAGUCUAUUGUUGGCUGUAAGUCAGUGAUCAUCCAAGACCUGGUAUUUAUGAUUGUUGCUCAGCUGUUUGGUGGUUCUCACAUUUAUAAGUUUGAUGAAGAUCAAAGCAAAUUCACCAAGUUUCAGGAUAUUGAAGUCUCCAAGAUCUCCAAGCCCAAUGACAUAGAGACCUUCCAAAUUGGUAAUGAAUGGUUCUUCAUCAUUGCUGACAGCUCUAAGGCUGGUCUUUCAACCCUCUAUAAGUGGAAUGACAAAGGCUUCUACUCCUAUCAAUCACUGCAUGAAUGGUUCCGUGAUACUGAUGCAGAGUUUGUGAACCUGGAUGGCAAGGCUCACCUUAUUCUGGCCAGUCGUUCCCAAGUUCCAGUCAUCUACCAGUGGAGCAAAAGUGCACAAAAGUUUGUGUUGCAGGGUGAAAUCCCCAACAUGGAGGAUGUAGUUGCUAUCAAAGCAUUCUGGAUUAAAGAGGACCUGUAUCUGGCUAUGACACGAUAUAUUGGUGACUCCAAAGUCCUACACUGGACUGCCAAACAUUUCUCUGAAAUUCAGGCCCUUCCCUCAAGAGGUUCCAUGAUCCUUCAGCCAUUUUCCUUUAAAGAACGAUAUUAUUUGGCUUUAGGUAGUGACUACACGUUCUCACAGGUCUACCUGUGGAAUCCAGAGGACAAGGUUUUUGAACGCUUUAAGGAGGUCUACAUUCAGGCCCCACGAUCUUUUACAAUGGUCUCCACAUAUCGCAGGGACUUCAUCUUCGCUUCCAGCUUCAAGGGGAGCACGCAGAUAUUUGAGCAUAUUAUUAUUGAUCUGAGCCUUUGAGGUCUUAUAGACAAAAAUGUUGAAUGGAAGCAUUUCAGCAUCCUACAAUGUCUUCCACUUUUCCAAGAAGGGGUUAAAAAAAUAAUGGCUGUGAAUAAUUUGUAGUAUCAGGUAUGUAAUGUAAAUUCAUGUGCAUGGUAGUUCAUGCAUUUGUAUGAUGUUUUUCCAUUCCUCUGAAAAUAAGCUUUUAGUUAUUUUAUACAUCUUCAUCAGAGAUGUAUUUCCACCUAUCUGAAAAAUUAGGAUAUUCAUGGAGCGCUGCCCCAUUGUACUCAUCUCAUCUGCAUAUCCAACACCUAACAGCAAAGAUGUUCUUUAGCAAUCGUCCUGCACCUGCAUGAUACUGUUGCAGAUAUGAUUUCCAUACAGGCAUGCUGAAAAAUACAGACAUGUAAAGAUAUACAGGUGACAAAGUCUGUAACAUUCAAUUCCCCAAUAUCUGUCAUAGCUGAUAAUUAAUUUACAUAUUCUCGAAUGAUUAUUAAAAGCAUACAUUCUUUUUCUGAAUAUAGGACAUGACUAUUCAAAAGCAGUUACACAGAAUGCCGAAGUAUAUGUAAAUGCACACAAAUUUAAGUUUGUUGUAUCAAAUUCAUAGAUUUCAUUCUAUUUUGCAAAUGUAUGUUUUAUAGCAAAUUCAAUGUAUAUUGUAAAUGAUACACACACACACACACACACACACAAAAACAACUCAAGGAAAUAUCUGAGACUUUCAUCCAGUAAAUACAAAAGCAUUUUAUGUUCUAGUUAUCAUUAAAAAUCCCCACAUUUCA